CUCACCUCUGUCUCCUUUACCUCUUGAUGUCCCUCCCUCAGAAUGUGUCAAGGAGAGGAAGGAGCAUAACCAGGGUGGACACGGUGCCUUUGUAAAUGAGAAGAGUGACUAUAUUCUUGAAGUGCCUAAAGAUAAAUAUGUAAGUGGUGAUUUAUCACAGAUGAGAGGAGAGGAACCUUCAGCAAGUGCAGCUAGAAAUCUACCACAUACACUAAAGUGUGAUGGGGAAGAGCUUGUCUCUAAGAAUAUCAAAUUAGAUGCAGGAGAGAUUCCCAGAACUCCAGAUUGUGCCAGUGCCAUUGCCAAAGAUAAUCUAGCAGCUUUCCUUACAUCUCCUAUCCUGCAAGUAGAAGGUGAGCGCAUACCACAUGGAUCACCAGUUGUAGGUGGAGCUGCAACGUCAACACCAAUAAAAGUAUCAGGUUCUCAGGGUCUCAGGAAAGGCUCCAUAGAUAUAGUAAGUCCAGCAGAGGCUGAAGACAAAAAGGAAACCCUCACUUCAUAUUCAUACAAGGCAAGUGGGAAUGAGUCUUCCUAUGAGGUAUACAGUGCACCCUCUGAUAGUUGCUCUAGUGACCCAAAUGUCCCUCCUUCCUGUGUUGACAAUAACAAUAGACCAUUAGAUAAUAAUAAUAAAGGUUGUGCAAAUGGAAAUCUAGAAAAUCAGUCUCAAGUCAAUGUUAAUCAGAAGAGUAUUGGGGCCGGAAAACAGUGAAGGAUCCUCAGGAACAGAAGACAAACCAGUAGUAAAUAAAGAAUAUGAGAAGUCUGCAGUAUGGCACUCAGGCCUUGAAGAUGUUUGUGAAAGUAGUGCUCUUAUUUCUCCUGAAGCUGAAGUUGCCAAGGCAUCAGAAGUGCUGCUAAGACUUCGUGAAGGGUCAGAAAAGCAAGACACCAGUGUCAGUGAACAGAUUCGUGAACUUGAAACACUAAAACAACAUUAUUGCAAUCUGGAAGAUCAGAUCUUCAGCCAGCCAUUAGGAACAAAGAACAUGGCUGCCCCAAAGGACAAGACCCAAGAAGAUCAAGAAGCAAGGGAAGACAAAGAAAAUGGACACCAUGUUGAAAGACCCACUGAUCUUCCACUAGACUCAUCACUGUUACAGGAGGAUAGAUUGGCUCUCUUGAUUGAACGUGAAGUCCAGAGGCGUGUACUAGAAGAAGUUGUGGCCCGAGAGAGUGCAGCACUAAGCUCAAGAACUAAUGCCAGGAGGAAUUAUAGGUCUAUGAGUACUUCAGUUGAUCCUUGGAAUCUAGGAUUAAGAGUGCUCACUCCUUCAGAAGUGAGGCCAUAUACUUCAAUGAGUGCUGGUUAUGAGAUGGAAGGGGAAGUUGGGAACCACCUUUAUCAGAGUGCUACUUCUGCUGAUGACUUGCUUCUAACUCCAGCACCUUUGCAGUCACCCAUGACUGACUAUGAUAUGUCAUGUGGGAUAUGUGUUUGCAUACCUGGCUAUGAAAUGAGAGGAGCUGGAUCUGCAGCACAUUGGGAAUAUGAGGUGAAAAUAGCAGCAGGGAAUGACUCUUGGACAGUAUUCAGAAGAUACAGGCGAUUCAGGGAACUUCAUAUGUACAUGUGUCACAAAUAUGGCCAACCU